UUUCAAAGGAGAAAACGUAGUCCAUCCUCCUCUGUUUUUCUGCUACCUCCGGCGGCGGCUCCUCGUCGGGAGCGGACUUGCCGGCGGCGAGCUGAGAGCUCCGACGAAGCCAGCCACCUGUUCGACGGAAUGCCUCCUGGUGAGAAGGUCGAGAAUGCGCCGCCGGCGAGCGGCUCCGACAUCAUAGGAACCCUCCCUGAUCAUAUUCUCCACCAUCUGCUCUCCUUCCUCCCAGUGCAGGCGGCCGUGCAGACGUGCGUGCUCGCCCGGCGCUGGCGCCACCUCUGGCGGUCCACCACGGGCCUGCGAAUCGUAGGCCUUGACGGUGCCGAGUCUGUCGAAGACCUCCGGGUUUUCGUGGACCAUGUGCUGAUCCUGCGUGAGCGCACCGACCUAGACACUGUUGAGAUGAUAUUCGAUGAAUGCUCGGACGACGAAGAGGUCUAUGUGAAGCUAUGGACCCGUUUUGCUGUCAUGUCCAAAGUCCGUGCGCUCACCCUUCAUAUCCAAGCCCCUCCAUAUCUAUGGUUCGAUGUCCUGCCUCUUGUCUCUCGGCAUCUGAGAACAUUAGAUCUGGAAGGUCUAUGCGUACAACUGAGCUUUCUUGAUUUUGCUGGCUGCCCAGCACUGGAGGAUCUGAAGAUGAACCUUUGUGACAUUUCUGUUGAGAAGAUAUCGUCCCGUUCCCUGAAGCAUUUGAGCAUUACUAAGUGCUGCUCCGAUUGCGAGCUCCAUGUUUCUACUCCAGGCCUUGUCUCUCUGAAACUAGAUGACUUUACCGGCACAACUCCUUUGCUUGAAAACAUGGCGUUGUUAGAGACAGCAUAUGUUUAUAUUGGCGAUUCCUGUGAAGAUUUCUGUUUGAAUUACGACUCUGGUGUUUACUGUGGAGCUAGUAAUAUUACAUGUGAGAAAUGUGAUCUUUUUAAUGACAAUUGUGGAAGCGAUCUUGUGCUUCUAGGUGGUAUCUCUAGUGCUAAACAUCUGAAGUUGAUAUCUGAAUUUGGAAAGUUCAUUUUCUCAAGAGAUUUGAAAUACUGCCCUACGUUUACUAAGUUAAAGACAUUAUUACUCAAUGAGUAUUGGUGCGAGGCUCCUGGCUUGGAUCCACUAGCUUGCAUUCUGAAAAACUCACCAGUUCUAGAGAAGCUCACUCUUCAACUUUUUUCCAAGGGACCAAAUCAUAAAGUGGAAAUGAAAGGAAGCUUCAGUUCAAUGGAAAGAUCAUCUGCAAUACCAGAGCACCUUAACAUAGUUGAAGUCAAGUGUACUGUGGUGGAAGAGAGGAUUCUCAAAGUUUUGAAGUUCCUGUGUGCAUUUGACAUACGAUUCAGUUUCUAGUAAGGGCGAGUGGAUCUGUGUCGUCGGUCAUCUAUGGACUAUUCAGAAAUGCAAGGCUUAAGCAUAUACGUCUACAGUAUUUCCAUCUCCUUUUGUGACUUUGUCAUAUGCCAAGAAUCUGCAGUCUAUAACCUAUGAACUCUAGACCAUCUAUCUCAACUUGGUUUAUCGUAUGCUGUAGUUUCUAUAUGCACUUGUGGUUCAUAGUGACUAUGUGCAGCUCUCAGACUGCUUGGUGCUUGCUAGGCGUUUCUUUUUGGGGGUCUGCCUCAUAACUUGUUCUACUAUGAUGUGAUCCGUCUAUUCUGUCUCCUUUGCUAAGAUGUGGAUAUUUAGUAAGUGAAACAAGAGGUGUCAAGUUGCAUA